UCAGUCAUCGUUUACUUCUUCUCUCAUCCUGUUCUUGAUUGCAGAUAGUUCGUGCUUAAUUAGUUUCGUCUCUUGAUUAGUAGUUUCUGAUACAACAAUGGGUCGCAGAUCCUUCAGCAAGACAUUAGCUUUACAGCAGCCAUGUCUGGUUUUGUUGCCCAUCAUCAUCACUGCACUGUGGACGAUACUGGCGGCGCCGGCAGCAGCAUCGCCGCUCAGGGUAGGGUUUUACAGAGCGAGCUGCCCCUCGGCAGAGCAUAUAGUGAGGAAGACUCUGAAGAAGGCGGUGUCGCAGGACCCUGGCAUCGCUGCACCCCUCAUUCGAUUGCAUUUUCAUGACUGCUUCGUUAGGGGCUGUGAUGGGUCUGUGCUUCUGGAUUCGACGCCGGGAAACCCGUCGGAGAAGGAAAAUAUGGCAAACAAAGGAAGCCUGACAGGCUUCGAAGUGAUCGAUGAAAUCAAGGCCCAGCUCGAAGCUCGAUGCCCCAGAACGGUCUCCUGCUCUGACAUUCUAGCAUUUGCUGCCAGGGACAGUGCCUUCAUCGCCGGAGGAAUCAACUACGCAGUGCCGGCAGGGCGCCGAGAUGGCAGAGUUUCCAUCAAAGACGAGCCUUCCGGCAACCUUCCUUCUUCUUUCUUCGAUGCCAAACAGCUCCAAGAAAAUUUUGCUAGAAAGGGCCUGUCCCUGGAUGAUAUGGUGACCCUUUCGGGAGCCCAUUCCAUCGGAGACGCCCGCUGCUCUUCCUUCUCGAACCGCCUAUACUCCUUCAAUGCAACCCAUCCACAGGACCCUUCAAUGGAUCCCAGCUUUGCAGCCGAGCUGAAGAAGAAGUGCCCUCCCCCACCGUCAAACAGUGGAUCAUCAUCAGCCGCCCAACCCGAACCCACUGCACCACUGGACUCUAUUUCACCAGACAGAUUGGAUAACAAGUACUACGUGGGAUUGAAGAUCCAUAGAGGGCUGCUAACAUCUGACCAGACGCUCUCAACAAGCCCUUCUACUGCUUGGAUGGUGAAGAACAAUGCGAGGAAUGGCAAGGCAUGGGCUAAGAAAUUUGCAGCUGCAAUGGUGAAGAUGGGUUCCAUUGAUGUUCUCACUGGAUCACAUGAAGGUGAGAUUCGGAUGAACUGCAGGGUUGUCAACUAGCUAAGUUUCGAUAUAUAUAUAUAUAUAUAUAUAGAUUGUAUGUGUGUGUGCCCAAAUCAGUAAUUUUGUCUAAUUUUGGUUUUUAUUUGGGAUAUGGGUAGUUGGUUGUCCCGAGAUUAUUUUGGUUUUAAGAGUGAAUGAAUUAAUGAUAUCAAUAAAGAUUACGAUAAUAAAAGUUAUUUGAA